AGCCGUUUUGGCCCAAGAGAUGACUCGGCGCCCCGCGGAUCUCCCGGCGGCGGGGCGGCGAUGAUUCAUGAGCUCGCGCGCAGGCGAUGGGUGUGGUGGCGCAGAGGCGGGAGCCGCCCGGGUGGUGGGGACCCGCCUGCCGCCGCGGGCUGCCACCGGGCCUCCUGGUGCUCGCGGCCCUGUGCCUGACGCGUAGGGGCACCGUGCGCCCCGGGGAGGCGGGGCCGCCCACGGCCGCGGUGGACGAGCAGGCAGAUCACUCAGAGGAGGCCCGGAUCCGGCAGGCGGCCCGGCGGCGCGCGGAGGAGGCCGCGCGGCGGCUGCGGCUGGCCGAGGAGCGGGAGCGGCGCCGGGCGGAGGAGCGGAUGGCCGCUGCGCGGCGCAGGGCCGAGGCGGUCACGCGGCAGUGGCGCCUCGGAGAGGAGGAGAGGCAGCAGCUGGAGGAGCAGGCGGCCAGAAUACGCGACAGGGAUGCGUUUAAGAGGGCCAGGCGGCGGGCGAGGCUCGCAAAGAGCGAGGCAAAGCAGGCAGGGCAGCUCAAGGCGAUCUCGCGCGAGGUGCAGCGUGUGGAGCAGCGCGCGGCCGACCUGCGGCAGAGCGAGGAAGAGGCAAUGCAGCGGGCCAGGCAGGAGGAGCAGCGCUCCGCGGCCAGCGGAGCUGUGGCUGUGUCGCUGGCUGCCCAGAGGCAGAGGUUGGAGGCGUCGGAGAGGAGAGCCGCUGAGAGGCACGCUCGGCUCGAGGCGGUUGCGAUGGAUCGCCAGAAGCUGAUCGACAAGUGUGCCAAGCUUCGCGAGCGGGCGAAGUACAAGAAGGAGAAGGCCAGGUACAAGGACCAGAAGCUGAGCGCCAAGACGCAUAGAAGGCUCAGCGCAGUGGAGCGGGCGCAGCACAGGCUGGAGGAGAGGUGCGCCGCUGCGCGAGAGUGGCAGGAAGAGGUGGCGCAGCGGCGCCAGAGUGAGGCGGAGCAGCUCGCAGCCCAGGCGAGGCAGCAAGAACAGGACGAAGAGGAACGGCAGCUGCUUGCCUCCGCCGAGCGGCUAGAUAGGCUGAGGCGGCGAGAGGACGAGAAAGAGCGCAAGAGGCAGGAGGCCGACGAGAAGGCCGCGGCCCGCCAGCGCAAGAGGGCGGAGCUCGAGCAGCAGCGGAGGGAGCUCGCGGAGGCCGCCCGCGCCGAGAAGCGGCGCAGGCGAGAGGAGGCCGACGUCCAGAAACUCGAGCUGGCCCGGCAGACGCGCGCGGAGGAGGAGCGCGAGCAGCAAGCGGCCGCGGACGACGGGCGGGAGACCUCCACUGCGGCGCUGCUGGGCGCCGCGGGGGCCGCAGGCUGGGCCUCGCUCCUGACGCUGGCGCUCGUGCGCCGCCGGCGCUGCAGCCGGCGCCCAGGCGACGCCCUAGGCGACGCCGCUGGCGCUCACAGGCGCGUGCGGGCGCUGGCGCAGCGCGCCGGGUCCACCCAGCGCUGCGGCCGGCCAGCUGGCGGGCCCCCACCGGGCAGGGCGCACGGCGGCGAGCCGCUGGCCAGCGGCCUGGGCGCGGCGCUCCAGGCGAGGGGGUCGUCGGGCGUCCCCCCGCUGGCCGUGCCACGGCCGCAGCCGCUUGCGUCGAGCCCCGAGGGCCCGCCCGGGGAUGGCUGCCCAGGCAGCGCGCUGCCGCGGCUGGGUGGCCCGCCAUGCGGGCCGCUUGACACCGUUGCGCCAGCCGAGGUCGUCUCGCAGACGCCACCGCGGGGCUCCCCGCGGUGGCACUCGCGCCUGUCGAGGCUGAGCAGGCCACCGAGGGGAUUCACCAUUGACGGCUGGGACGCCUUCUUCGAUAAGGCUGGGUCUGGCCUGGAGCCGCUCGUGACGGGGGAGCAAACCUCGUCGCGCGCACUGCCCAGCGAGGGGUCGUACUUUAUCGGCGACGACGAUUCGGCUGGGCUCGCAGACCGGAGCAGCUCUAUGGCCGAGUCGCCUGGUUUGAGCGGCUGUUCAGCCAUGGGGGCGCCAGAGACGCUCCACGAUUCCUCCAGCGAGGAUUGCCCCAGCGGGCAGCCACUCGACAGCCCACCACCAGCGACGCAGCUCGGCCCGGCUACCUCUUCGCUCUGCGAGCUAUCCCAGGGCGUGUCAGACACGGCAGCCGCUCCCGACGGAGCGCCCACACCAACCAGCGCAACCACUGCGCACGCUCGCCGCCGAUGGUCGAACAGGCCUGGAGCCGCCGCUGGGCCUGAGCCGAAUGCGCUACCGCGAAGCGGCCUGGAGGCAGUCAUCGUGGGGGGCUCUGUUCCGAUGUCCAGCGCCGUGGCGCCGGCGCGGCGCAGGCGCCAGCGAGCCCCAGAGACUCUGACGUCACCGCCGGCUCCCCCUCCAGGAUCUGGCGCGCAGCCUGCCCCACCAGAGGCGCGUGCGCGGGCGACCGCGCAGCUUGCCCCGCUCGUGCUGCCAGCGAAGGCCGGCCCUGGUCGGAGCUCGACCCCCGAGCCGCUGGGCAGCGGCCUGCGGGCUUCUGCGAGCCCGCGGCUGCUGGCCGCCGAGGCCAGCCCGAAGCCGGCGGGACCAGGCGCCCCUGCGCCGCGGGAGCAGGCGGGCGUGCUGCCAGAGCCGGGCCCGGAGCCCUGCCCGGGCCAUGUCGCGUUCUUCAUCGGGGACGCCUCCAGCGACGAGGAGUCACCCCCCGCCGAGGCCCAGGGGCCCGCGCCGUCGCUCGGGGCGCCCGCGGGCGAGGGGGCGGCAGCGGCCGCAGGCCGCACGGAGCGCGCGGGCCUCCCGCCCAGCAUGGAGGGCGAGGUGCAGCUCGCGAGGGCCGCGCUGCGCACGGUGCGCCUGGCGUGCGUGGAGCUGCGCGCCUCCACGCGCUUCCAGGCGGCGGUGGCGAUGCUCCAGGGCGCCGCGCGGGCCGCGCUGGGGAGCCCCGCCGCCCCCGGCUUCGAGCUGGAGGGGCUGCUGCAGCUGGCGGACACGAGGGGGGCCAGCGGCCUGAGCGUCGUCCACUACGUGUGCCUCGAGUGCCACCUGGCCGACCCCGGCUUCCUGUCGGGGCUGCAGGCCGAGCUGCGGCACGUGCCGCUCGCGGCGAGGGCCGCCGGGGCGCUGGCCGGCAUCCCAGAGCAGCUCGCGGGCAUGGACGGCGUCGCCCGGGCCGCCCUGCGCGAGCUGGGCGCGGGCCGCGGGGGGCACGAGGCCAGCCGCACACGGGCGGCCGUCGCGGCCUGCGAGCACUUCCUCGGGCGCGGGGGCUCCGAGGCGGCCGGCGGGGGCGGCCUCGGCGUGGGCGCCAUCGUGCUCGCAGAGGCUCUCCUCGAGCGGUUCGGGCAGGCGUGGCACGAGGUCUCCCAGGGUCUCUGCGACGCCCCGCUGCACGAGGCCUGA